GCCCCUGCCCCUGCCUGCGUCUCCUUCUCCCGAUUCUCUUCCUCUCUUCAUGUCUCCCUCACUCCCCCUGUUUUUCACUUAAGGAGAACAAACAGCGAAGGGUUCGCAGAUCAUAAUCAUGGUCUCAAAGUCUAAAUUCAGAAAGUCUCAUGGGGAUCAGGGGAGUGAUGUCAUGGCAAAUGUGAUGACGAAGCUCACACAACUAAAAAAACGGAUUCAAUCCGAAAGAAUGGUUUUCGUUGGAGAGAAAAUUGAGCUUAAUAAUAUAAAGAUUCAAGCUUAUGCUUCCGACCUUCAAUCGCUAGCUGCAUCGCGGUAUGAGUGCUCUACUGUGGCAAGUGGUUCGGGCAAUUUCCUUUCUUUGCGAAUGAACUAUCCUCUCUGCAAAGUUAGUGGUCUUAUCCAAGGAUCAUCAGACAGAGAAAAUCUUGAUAAUGAAGAAGUAGUCUUUUCUACUACUGCCAAACUUCCUCAUGUUGAGAGGAUACCUCCCUAUACUACCUGGAUUUUCUUAGACAGAAACCAGAGAAUGGCUGAUGACCAAUCAGUCGUAGGGCGCAGACGCAUUUACUAUGAUCAGCAUGGCAGUGAAGCACUGGUCUGCAGUGAUAGUGAAGAAGAACUUGCCCAAGCAGAGGGGGAGAAGCAUGAAUUUUCUGCUGGAGAAGAUCGUGUUUUAAGGCUUGCUUUUCAGGAGUAUGGACUUGGUAAUGAAGUUCUCAGCGCAUUGACCCAAUUUGUUGGGGGAACCACUCUGGAAAUCCAGGACCGCUGCAACCUGUUGACGGCAAGAGAUCAACAAAUGGAGAAACAACACUUAAAAAACUCAGGAGAGGAGAGAAAUGGCAAUAAUGUAAUCCUGGACAAAAGCCUCAGUGCUGCUUUAGACUCAUUUGAUAACCUUUUUUGUCGUCGUUGUCUGAUAUUUGACUGUCGUUUGCACGGCUGUUCAAAAACUUUAAUCUAUCCUAAUGAAAAGCAAGCCAUCCUGUUUGAUUCAGAAGAAGACCGAAAACCCUGUGGCGAUCAAUGUUAUCUUCAGUCAAAUAGCUUGGCCAAAAUUUCAACAGCAGACCCCAUAGACACUUGCAAGGGAUCUGAUGAGGAAAGCAAAAGUUUACUUACCAUCGAGGAAGGAACACAUCAAAGCGAAGGAAGUAAUAUAAUACCUGAACCUGCAAAUUCAUCAGCUGAAGCAUCAGAAGUGGCUCCUGAUGAUGAUCCUUCCAGUAAGAAAUUAAAAUUAACUGAUUCAAAACCUUCGGAUCAUAGUACAGCUUCAGUUACCUGCACCCCUGAAUUGGAUGGAUGCCAUGAAUAUGAACUUGAGGGAUCUGCUCUUGGAUCAGUUCCUACUUCUCAAAAGAACAACUUGGAUGCUUCUGAUUCUCCUCAUGGUGCAAUUGAUAAUAAGACCAGGGAUUCUCUCCAUGAUAUUAAGGGAAAAGAUGUCUCUGAACUCCCUUUGAAGCGGGCUUACUACUCUUUUGGUAGUUCAGCUAAAGCUUCACGUGGAUGGGAAAAUUGGAAACCUUUUGAGAAAGAUCUGUACUUGAAGGGAUUGGAGAUAUUUGGCAGAAAUAGUUGCUUCAUAGCUAAAAAUCUGCUACCUGGUCUGAAAACUUGCAAAGAAGUAUCCAGCUACAUGUAUGGUGAUGAAGCAGGGAUAUCUCGUGGAUCUUCAGCUAAGCUAAGCUCAUUUUUUGAAGACGCUGGAAAAGCUGACAUGGAUCAUAUGGAUGCAGACAUGCCUGUUAAAUCCAGAAUAUGCCGUAAAAGGGGCAGAGUUCGCAAGGUUAAGUCUUCUUGGAAGUCUGCUGGCCAUCCAUCCUUGUGGAGGAGAAUAGCAGAAGGAAAGGACCUGCCAUAUAAGCAGUAUACUCCAUGUGGAUGCCAGUCUUUGUGUGGGAAGCAAUGCCCUUGUCUACAAAAUGGAACAUGCUGCGAAAAAUACUGCGGGUGUUCAAAAGCAUGCAAAAAUCGUUUUAGAGGAUGCCAUUGUGCUAAAAGUCAAUGCAAAAGUCGACAAUGCCCUUGUUUUGCAGCUGGGCGUGAAUGUGAUCCAGAUGUUUGUCGAAAUUGUUGGGUCAGCUGUGGCGACGGUUCUUUUGGCGAGCCUCCGAGACGAGGGGACAGUCAGUGUGGUAAUAUGAAACUCCUUCUGAGGCAACAGCAAAGGAUCAUCCUUGCAAAAUCCGAGAUUGCUGGUUGGGGAGCAUUUCUCAAGAAAGGUGUCAAUAAAAAUGAUUACCUUGGAGAAUACACUGGUGAACUGAUCUCCCAUCAAGAAGCUGAUAAGCGAGGAAAAAUCUAUGAUCGGGCAAAUUCAUCCUUCCUUUUUGACUUGAAUGAUAAGUAUGUCGUUGAUGCCUACCGCAAGGGAGACAAGUUGAAAUUUGCAAACCACUCCUCGACCCCGAAUUGUUAUGCAAAGGUAAUGCUGGUGGCUGGCGAUCAUCGUGUUGGCAUCUAUGCAAAUGAGCAAAUAGAAGCAGGUGAAGAACUCUUCUAUGAUUAUCGCUACGGCCCAGAUCUAGCACCUGCGUGGGCUCGGAGGCCUGAGACUUCAAGGAGAGACGAUUCACCAGUGCCCCACGGCCGAGCAAAGAAGCACCAGUCUGGCUGAGGACACACUCUGCACCGCACUGCACUAUACUAUUUCAUAUUAAUGAAAAUUAUAGAUAAAGGGAGGAAUUACUUCAAAAACAUGGUGUAUGGGUUAAUGAUAAAAGAACAGGUAAUUUAACCUGAUAUAUAUAUAUAUAUAUAUAUAUGAGUUAGAAAGCUGUGCAGGCAACUUGGCACUAAAUAUAGCAUGCAUAGAAUAAAAUUGGAACACCUAUAUGAUGUAUAUUUACUUGUAAUCCUACUAUUUAGCAUCACUUCUCCAUAA